CCUCUCUCAAGAUCAUGUUGUUCCUAAACACCAUGGUAUAGCAUUUCGUGAUGUUGCUCGACUCAAGUCAUCGCAAAGCACAUCGCCGGUGGAGAGUACCGACGAGAAUCUGUCGAACAACAAUUGCCAUACAACUCCUUCUCCUUCUCACUGUGUCGCUGGUCGUUUGCGGUCUGCUAGAAGCGAGCGACGCAGGCGCUUCGUUUCUCAGCAUGAGCGGCCAGAAAGUGCUUGACGUCCACACGGACCCUGAUCCUGGGGCGCAAGACUCGCCGGGACAUGUACAAAGCAAGCCCAAUCUACACAAGUACACAUAUACCACGUUACCGGGCUACUUUCUGCAGGAUGACCCAGCGACGAAGCCAGGGAGUUUUGAGUUCAUGAAGACGAACUUCGGGCUUGUACAGCGUUCGUACGACUCGGACGAGAACUUGCCAAACAAAGGUCGAGAUAUGACCGCCUGGCAGCGGUUCGAAAACCACAUCACGACACUCAAUCGAGCAGAGGAGCGCAAGAGGCAUGGAUCCGAAGAAGGUAGCCACACACGAUACAAGUUGCUUUUCCUAGGUCGACACGGAAACGGGUAUCACAAUAUCGCAGAACGAUAUUACGGGAGUGAAGCGUGGGACUGUCACUAUUCGGCGCUGGAUGGAGAUCCCGAGCAUGUGAUGGUCUGGUCCGAUGCGCACUUGAGCAAGGAAGGACGCCGACAAGCUGCAGAGGUCAACGACUUUUGGAAGGCGCAGAUCAAGGGCCAGAAGAUGAGUCUGCCACAGACGUAUUUCGUGAGCCCACUGGACAGGGCCAUGGAGACUGCACAGAUCACGUUCAAGGGUCUCUUGGACAAGUUCGACCCGACUGUGAUGGAGCGGCUACGUGAAGGAACAGGCAUACAUACGUGCGACAGGCGCAGUGAUGUGUCGUAUAUUCGCGACCAUUAUCCCGACUUCAUCACGACGCAAGACCCCUUGCUCACGGAGUCGGAUGAGUUCUGGGACCCAGAUCUGAGAGAGCCCGACGAUGCGGUGACGACGAGGCUCGGCAAGUUGUUUGACCAAUUAAUGCAAAGCGAGAAAUUCAAAAAUUCAGAAAGAAUCAGUUUCACGAGUCAUUCGGGCGCCAUUGGCGCGACUUUGAGAGUUCUCGGGCACAGAUCCUUUUCGCUGGGUACAGGUGCGGUCAUCCCCGUCUUCGUCAAGGUUGAGACGAGUAAGGAAUUGGACAAGAGACACGGUGUUGGAGGUCAAGGGGAAGGGGGAAACCAUGCAAAGGUCGUCGAUGGGCAGGACGCCAGUCUCGCUGACACAAUGGCCGUGGAUAAAUCCAAAUGGGGCAAGAUACCGUCCUGUCCGGCCGACAUGGAUCUCAAGACUGUCGGACAGAAACGCUGGAAGAUGGACUUGAAAGAUUUUGUGACGGGCGUGGAGAACGGGACUGUGCAGCUUGAGGAGGUUGCGUUCCGAGGGGUACACUGAUCAACUUUGUUGAUAUAGCAUGACACGGAUGAGGUGAUCUUCAUGCCGGUGCUGCCGCAUCGACCAUUUCCGAAGACUCUACUUGUUACUGCCUCCUUUUCCUUUUUGUUGUUGUCGACGCCACUCUCGAGAGUCUGCAGGGAGAAUGGUUUGAAGAGAUGGGGAAAACUGACGGCAAUGCAUGUGGAGGAUUCGAGUCGAGAGCCAACGACCCCUUGCAGCCAGAAGCGUUCGAUUGACCGGGCGUAGUCCGUCACUAGUGCCCAUCCCCCAAGAGUGUAUGAGUACCUGGGUCCCCUUCUCCCCGGAUAAGGGCAACUUCUCGUAUGACCACCUGCGGAUCAUCAAAAUGGUGCGUGUUGCGUUACGUUCACCAACUUGAGCGAGAAACGACUCGGGACCUACACCUCUCGGAUCUAGGCAUUGUACUAGGUGUGGCCACAAAAAGUUUACAGACAUGGUUUCUCAAGGAUACUGAAGACUCCGAUGGCUCAGGCUGUUUCAGAUACAUAGACAAGGGGCCAAGUUCCGACUUGUUGCCCAAAACGGAAGAGUUACCAAGGUACUUAGUCUGUAAAGUAAAGCGAUACCUCGUAUCUUCAUUUGAACACAGAGAUCACAAUGAUAGAAUUUUG